AUGACACCCAUUAACCCGGAGGGCACAUCCAGUAAUGGAAGUGUAUCUCUGGGAUACAAAGAACCAGAUGUGCACAUUGAGAAAUGCAUACGAAUGCACGGAUGGAGCGGACCGUUUUCUCAGCGGAGGGUCAAACCCUCCGCUGUUGCACAGGUGAGGAAUAUUCAAACCGAAAGCGCGCGACAGGCGAACAAUUUGGGUAUCAGCGGAUUUCGCAUCAAGUCAGAGGCUCACCAGGUGGCCAGCAGAGCUCCGCCCAGGGGAGGGAAGUGUUGCUGCGAGAUGGAGCUCCACCUAAGUCAACCAUCGCUAUUCAACAGGGAUCGGAGCACCUUACUGAAAUACCCAGGAGACGCAGGUUAUGGCUGGGCAUUCCCGACUUAUGGAGAUCCGUUUCCGUAUCGUCAUGAAUGUUCCUUCCUUAGCGGGCAUUUUGCUAGUAGGAUGCGAGGAGUUACGGAACAGUUCGAACGGCCGUCCAGAGGGUCCAGUCUGGAGGAGAAUAGAAUCUUCCGACGAAGGAAGGAGUGUUUUGCUUUGAAUACCCAGCAGCCGAGGACUCCUCUUGCGUCUGAAACAAACCCUCGUAGGCCGUUUGGAACAGAUGACAAGGGCCAGCGCAUGCAGGGCCGCGAAAUCAUGCAUGGCGUGAAACGGAAACUCAGUGACGACGAUACGAGUCAGGUUGAUGGAACCAGUGGUCAGCGUCGCGUGCCCUCUCUUCGACGGCGUGCAUAUUCCCUACCUAUCUACGAAACCGAUGACGAGCAGGGGGAUAGCAGUUGCUCCAUGUGCCGGCCUGGCUGCGCGUGCCGACCCUCGUUGCUGGCCGCUCAUUACCUGGCGAAACUACUUGACAAGACAAUAUUCCGUCCGUCAGAAGCCAUGCCGUCGUUCUAUACGACCGAAGAGUUUUUCGAAGCCAUGAUCUCGGAGAAUGUUUCGCGAGAAUCCAACGAGGGCUUGAACUCGGUGGCGAAACGCUGUGCUGCAAAGACGAGGAACACAGGUGAAGAAACGCCUUCGGAACCACACUCUGGUGCGCACAUUUCGCGCUGCGUAAAUGAGCAUCUUCGCUCGUUCGUGGACAGGCCGGAGAGCGAUCAGAGAGCGAAUGGCUCAAGAUUUUCUCAGAGUCAUGAAGGGAAAGGAAGCUUCGCGGUAGACCCGAAAGCUCUGUCAUCCGCACUAGCGCGCUAUCGGAAAGUUCCCUUGUUUAUGGUGUGCGCAGAAGAACAUCUGCAAUCAGAUUGGUUGUCGCAGUUUACACCAAUUCAGCGCCUUCAAGAUAUUCUUGAACCUGAGGUGAUGUUCACGCGCCCAGAGAACUCUGCACAGCAGUUCACAGACGGUUAUCGCAGCUGGGAAGGUCGCGAGUUGCAUGUGCCAAGCGACUCUCGAGGUUUGUCUCUUUCGAGAGAUGAUGCAGAGACGUCAGGGCCAUCGAGACAGAAUGCAAAUUCCAGCAGGACAUGCCCUGCUCUGAGGGGCUAUCUCUCUUCAUGCUACCACAAACAACAGCGCGGAUGCGAUGAGUGUAGCUGUACAAAGAAUGGUUGUGCGGUGAGGAGAAAUCGGGUAAUGCUGGUUGACAAGGAGAUGCUCGAGCAGAGUGGCCUGGAUCGCCGGUAUGUCUGCCGCUUGAAAUCAGCCGUGCGCCAGCUCCGUCGUAGUGAGAAACUGGCCGAGCUGCUGGCUUCCAGUGACACCGUAGAAAGUCCGAAAACAUCAGAGAGACCCGGGAACGAAUUUGAUGAUGAACUGGCCGACACCAGUAGUGACGGCGUCUCACGCGACUCUCAGUUGCAGCUCGCUGCGGACUCGCAGUCUGCCAGGCACAGUAUGAAUGGCUUUGCGAACGGUGCCUCCGCCGGCGGUGUAUGCACCGCAACCAAAGACAAAGAAUCAAGAGUUCGACGGAAACUCGCUUCAAAGGGAGAGGCCACGAAGGCGGAUGUAGACGGCACGCACGCACGUCAGGACGGUUUCGAGGGAGACCGAUGGCAGCGGAACGGUGCUGACGAACCAAGGUCAUCGCGGGAUUUGGAUUCUCUAGCAUACCUUUUGUUGGCUCGGGUGGCUGCGCCAUACACGGAUGUGUAACACUGUCCGAGGAAGAUGAACAUGUAGGUAACGGGAGCUUAAUUCGGUACACGAAUGAACGACACGGUGGCUUUUUCAAGUCCCGUCUCCCGGUUGCUCUGAUGAAGUGAUCGCGUGAUAAGUUCACGUGAGAAAGUUGACUUUUAAUACGAAGGGAUGUC